AUGACAUACCAUUCAAAACAUCAUUGCAGUUGUGUACAGCGGUUACGAUAUGGUAGAGAGCGGUAUUGUCAGGUGAGGGUGGUGAAAACAGUAUUAGUAAUGGGUGAUCAUAGUUUGCCGGAUUUCCGGACCUGUUUGAAGUUUUCUGUUACCGCUCGAAAGAGCUUUCUCUGUAUGUACAGAGAUGACGUUGCAGACGAAAAAUUGGCUUCCCCAAUGCCCAGCGCCUGCGAUAUACAGCUGAAGACGACGAUCGGCGAAAUGUACCCCGCUGCGGGGAUGAGGGUCACAAUCAUGAAUUCAACAACCGAAAGCUUGGAUUCACUAGCAACUACGCACAUUCAGGAUUUUGAGAUUGUUAUUAUUCCAGACGUCAAUUCACUUUCACUACCAGACCAGGCCAAGUUAGUGAGAGUUAUGAGAGAGUCUGAAAUAUCUAGCGAAAGGGCGCAAUCAGGACGAAUAUUUAUCGGGGUCAUUCACUGGAGUAAUCAAACACCGCCUUCAAGCGCAACCAAAGACGGAGAUGAUGCAAGUAAACCAACCGCCAAGACACGAGUCUUUCUACCCGCAUGCAUACAUAUAGAUGGCUGGCUCAAGMACAAGUUUUGGUUUGCAUGUGCGCCGCCCCACUUAAAUUUCGAUAGUUCUUCUGAAUCAAGCAUAAGUACGAGGGCCACCAACAACACCGAAGCCACGAAAGAAGAGGAACAAGAAUCCGCAGAUAAGAGGUCUGUUGUGGUGGACGAGGAGGCAAAUUUAGACGAUGUGUUUGUAGGGACCAACGUGAAGCGGUACAUACUAGACAUCAUGGUACACUUGCGAACGCAUCGCUUGACGUAUAAUGCCAAAGCUGGUGGAGUGUAUACGAACUCGCUGGACGACGUGAUACUACUGUCCAGAUUAAUAAGCUUACACAGCGGUAAGAUGUUCGUGGCCCCGUCGCAUGUCAAGGAAGCGUCGAUGUGGUAUUUCCCGAUGCACUUGGAGCUGGUACGGCGUUCGUCUAUGGAUAGCUCCCUACUAUACGGCAGUGAUCCCAACCUAGUAGACGAAAUGUUAGAGAAGCUAGGCAAAAUAAAGUUCGAGGAAGUUAAUGAGUUUGAAAAUCCGCUUUUCUUGGAAUCUCUUGUAGUGAAAAACGUAAUAGGCAAAGUCGUGCCGCCUGUAUAG